AUGAGUUUGACCGCCGUUGCCCGCAAUGCGGUGCCAACGCAAAGAGCCACCCUGCGUCCCCUUUCCCGACUUGCCGCCAGCCGUCUAUCCCACUCCGCCCUGAACGCCAGACUAACCGGCGGCGGACGUCUGCCCUCCCGCCUCCCCGCGCUGGCGAUCUUGAUCCCACAGCAGCGAUGGUAUGCCACGGAGCAAUCUACAACCCACGGUCCGGGAGUUCCUCCCAACUUCCCGCCUCCGGGUUUCAACGCCGAACAGGCUAAGCGUCCUCUCCCGAAAGAAGAAGCCUCCCCAAAACCUGCUUCGAGCACGAAAGCACCGGAUGCCGAGGCCUCACAAGCUGCAACACAAACCGAAAAUGCCAAUCCCUCCGAGCCCUCCAAAGUGAUCUCUAAGCCCAAGGAGACGAACCUUGACGCGGAAGCGGCCGCAAAACAGGCCGUUGAAGAGCCAAAGGAGACCAAGAAGCUUACGCUCGGCCAGAAGAUCAAGAAGGAGAUCCAGCAUUAUUGGGAUGGCACCAAGUUGCUGGCCACCGAAGUCAAGAUCAGUACCAGAUUAGCUGUCAAGAUGGCUGCUGGGUAUGAGCUCACCCGCAGAGAAAAUAGGCAGCUCCAACGUACGGUCAAGGACCUGGGCCGUCUUGUGCCGUUCUCGGUGUUCGUGAUCAUCCCAUUCGCGGAGCUGCUCAUCCCCGUCGUCAUUAAAUUUUUCCCGAACUUUCUCCCAAGCACGUACGAAGGCCAGAAAUCCAAAGAUGCAAAGGCGGCAAGCCUGAGAGACACCCGAAAGGAGGUAUCUUCAUUCCUUCGCGACACCUUGAAAGAGACUGGUCUUCCUGUCAGCCCAACAAAUGCAAAGAAAGAGGAAUUUGCGGAGUUCUUCAGAAAGGUGCGAGCCACCGGUGAGGAUCCAAGCGCAGAGGAUGUCAUCAAAGUAUGCAAAAUCUUCAAAGACGACGUCACCCUCGACAACCUUUCGCGACCGCAGCUCGUUGGAAUGUGCAAAUACAUGAACCUAAACACAUUCGGCACCGAUGCAAUGUUGAGAUACAAUAUUCGCCACCGGAUGAGGCAAAUCAAACGUGACGACAAGGCCAUAUCCUUCGAAGGCGUUGACUCCCUCUUGGUGCCUGAACUCCAGACCGCCUGUGCAUCCCGUGGUUUGAGAACUCACGGCGUUUCUCCCGCCCGCCUAAGGGAGGAUCUCGGAAUGUGGUUGGAUCUUCGUCUUAAGCAGGGCGUUCCGUCAACGCUGCUCGUCUUGAGCAACGCCUACAUGUACACCCAACAGUCCCAGGACUACGAAAUUUCGUCACAGAUUGAUGCUCUCAAGGCAGUGUUGUCGAGCAUCCCCGAAGAACUGUUCCACGAGAUCGAACUCGAGGUUCACAAUGCCGAGGGAGCGGCCACAAACAAGCAGCGUCUCGAGGUCAUCAAGGAACAGGAAGAGUUGAUCGAGGAGGAGAAUGAGCAGAAUACCGAAAUCGAAGAGCAGGGAAUGCCCGCCCCCAACGAUAACCAAGAUAUCGACGAGAAAGAGGAUAGAGUUGCCGCCAGUAGUGACUCUGCCGAUGGUGCAAGCCAGCAACCCCAGGCAUCAGAAGCCUCUGAAGCGGAGGCGGACCUGUCCAAGCAACAAAAGGAGCGCAAGGCGGAAUAAGCCCUUUGACAUUCCGAGCCUGGCAGACGGGGUUUUGAAAUGGCCUCUCUCUCUCUCGCUCUCCUUUUUUUUUCUUUUUCUUUUUUUUUUUUUUUAAAUUUGAUUUUAAUGAUUUAUUUACCCUUGCUGCUUGCAUACGGUUUGUAUUAGUUAUUUUUAUAUGGCGACCAUCGUCUCGCGAUUGACCUCGGUUUUACUCCUGCUGUACACUCAUACGCCACUGCUAGUUUUCCUCUCUCCAUCCCUCUCUUUUUGCCGGGAAAGGGGUUCGCGUUUCUCGUCUAUUUCGCCUCUUCUUCUUUUGUCUCCUUCUGUCUCCUUGGGGCGGGUACUGGGUAUCGAAGGCAUUGCUUUUUUGAUCUGGUCGUGGCUGGCUCAUAGACGGCGGUGUGGAAGUUGGACUAUGCAUUGGGUUUAUUUGCCUUUUAGACGCUGGGCCUUUCCGCCCUGUAGAUACCUCUCUAGAUAGGCGUGAUACCUCAUCACAACAUGAAUGAAUUUAUACAGUUAAAA